AUGCGUCUCAGUACUAUUAACGACCCCGAUUUUCCCUCUACCAAUUCAUUCAGUGGCCCGGAAGUCCCCAAUGUCAUCCUCGACAUCGUUUCUUUGCCAGGAAAGGACCGUCCAGCGAGGUUCCCGCCAUUCCCUUCUGGCCGGAUCGGUGACCCAGACACAUUCACCAUGGAUUUUGGACACCUCUCUUUAAUGGACUCAAAUGCUCAUGAAAGAGUUUCAAGCACAGAAGCCGUCAAUCACCUUCCCCACAGUGCCAUCACGCCGUCAAUGCAACAUGAGACACCUGUGGAAGCAUCGAUAUCGCAGGUCAUGAACAAGGAGCCUCGAAAUGUUGAGCUUCGCAUGGAAGAGAGCCUCCACACAGAUCUAGAAGACGAGAUAAUUCAAAUUCUGACAACAACUUGCACCGCUGAUGCGACUGAUAUUGCUACAUCAGCGUCGCUGAUGGUUACACUGUCUGAAGAGAGUUCGAGCAAAUCAUUAGAAAAGAUGGUCGAGAGUCUCAAGCCACAUUCGAAGUUUCCCAUAAGCGCGAUAGCUGAUAAGAUCAGCGCAAUUAGGGCUCCUGUUGCAGGAAGGCCCAUUUCGGGGAGCGCUUCAUCCAAGACAGAGGAAGCACCACUCUCGUCAUCAAGGCAAUCACCCCAACCUAUGGAUGUGGACGAUGACUCGCCAAAUAUGACAAAGGAACCGAGUCUUGCCAUCGUCUUUGAUCCUCCAAGCGGUGUCCACACAAAGGAGUUGUCGAUGAAAAUCAAACCCAAGCUAACCUUCAAAUAUGCGUUGACAUAUUCUCAAACCGAACUUUCAAAGCCCAACAAGGCUGCCGUAGCUGCGCUGCAAAGAAGUACAGGAAAGAAAGUAGAAGGCUUUCCGAAUGUCGGAGACGUUUGGAUCCACACCAACAGAAAGGCGGAUAAAUACUGGGUCUGGCAGUACAUUACGGGAAGCAACAAUAAGGACGGCUGGAGUGAUUGUACGGCCUCAUACGAACGGGAUACAGGGACCAUCAUCCAUCCGAAACACGCCAGCUACACGCUUUCGCGGAAUGCUGAUGCAUCUCAUGAUGAUCCAGCAUAUCUCACCACAUCGUGGGUAGUCAGGCGACGACGGGACAACGAAAUAAAGCGCCAAAUGGAAGAGCAAGCUGCAGAAGCGGCGCGUAAAGUUGCUCAAGAACAAGCUGCAGAAUUAGCACGUCUCGCAGACGAAGCCCGUAAAUCUGCCAACUCUCAGCAAUCCGCCAGCGCUCGCGUACCGUGGCGUGCACCCUCUGGUGCUAGCCAACCUUCGAGUUCUAGAUCUCGUCGACGCCGUGUAACGAUGGAAGAGAUAACCGACGAUGAAAACUAG